CCCACUUUCACACACAAACUAUUUUUUCCUUUCUCUUUCUUUUUCUCUCUUUCAUUUUCUGUUUGCUGGAACUUUUUUUUUUUUUUCUCCUCUCUCGUUUUUCCAUAUUGAUUUCUCUAUUUGGGAAAAAAAAAAUUAUUAUUAUUAUUAUUAAUCUGGUGAUUAAUUCGAGAUGAUGUACGAGCAUCAACAACAGCAGCAGCAGCUUCAACCUCAGCUUUUGAUGAGAAAGAAAAAAGGUGUUAAUAAUAAUGAUAAUGGUCAUGAAAGAAGAAAAUCCAUUGAAGAAGAGAGGUUUGAAAUUGUGGAUUUGAGUGGCAUGUCUUUGGAAUGCCUUCCUAAUCCUUCUCUUAAUUUGGCAACUGUUUGUAAGCUCGAUCUUUCCAACAACAAUCUUCAGAGCAUACCAGAGUCGUUGACAGCAAGAUUACUAAAUGUGGUAGUGUUGGACGUGCGCUCCAAUCAGCUUAAAUUCCUCCCAAACUCCAUUGGCUGUCUCUCCAAGCUCAAGAUUUUGAAUGUUUCUGGGAAUCUUCUGGAGUCCCUCCCCAAAACUAUUGAAAAUUGCAGAUCCUUAGAAGAGCUAAAUGCCAACUUCAACAAGCUGAGCAAACUACCAGAUACCAUUGGUUUCGAGCUCACAAAUCUCAAGAAACUCUCCGUAAACUCCAACAAACUCGUAUUCUUACCGCGCUCUCUGAGCCACCUGACGGCUCUGAGAGUAUUAGAUGUCCGCCUCAACUGCCUCCGAUCACUUCCGGAAGACCUCGAAAACCUUAUCAACCUCGAAGUUCUCAACGUCAGCCAAAAUUUCCAAUACCUCGGCACCCUACCAUACUCCAUAGGUCUCCUCCUUUCCCUUGUAGAACUAGACGUGAGCUAUAACAAGCUCACCAGCCUCCCGGACUCCCUAGGCUGCCUGAAAAAGAUGCAGAAGCUCAGCGUCGAAGGCAACCCCAUGGUUUCUCCUCCAAUGGAGGUUUUCGAGCAGGGUUUGCAUGCCGUGAAGGAGUACCUAAGUCAGAAGAUGAAUGGGGGCCACAGGACCCCACCUAAGAAGAAAUCGUGGGUUGGGAAGUUGGUCAAGUAUGGGACUUUCAAUGGACAUAGCAGAGCAAGUGGGUCCCGACGAGAGGAGAGAGAAGGUUUCAUCAUGCCCGAGUAUCGUUCCAUCGACGGUCUUGCUUCGCCCAGAUAUAUGGGGAUGUUCUCUCCUCGUCGAUUGUUCUCUCCACGUAAUUACUUCAGUAGAUGAGGGGCAAAAGUAUCCUUAAAAAGGGUAUGAUUAUAUAUAUAUAUUAUCAAUAUUGUUACUUUUGAAGUUUGUAUAAGGGUUAGAGUUUUGUGACAGCCAAGUAGGUAUUUUGUGAUGGUAUAUAUAUUAUUAUACUAUAUAUAUAUAUAUAUACAUAUAGCAUGCAUGCAUAAGGAAAGAUAGUUGAUUGGUUAAUUUGUUAAACAUAGAAUAAUACCUAUGUUGGGGUCUAUUACGAUGAUAUAGCUAGAGAUCUAUCUUUUUUUGUUCUGUAAAUAAGUAUCACAUAUUAUGUGGGAAAAUUUGUCCAAUUCCUAUGCAGUUUCGAAUAUUAUUCAUGUAAAAACAAUUAUCCUUUUGAUAAAUGGAAAAUACCUUUCCUACUUUUAUGCAUUGGCAAACAAUUGAUGAUGAUUUCAAUUUUGACUUGACGUUUGUGUUAUGUUACAAUGUAAUUGUUUAAUCGAAACCCAAAUUUAUACUCCUUUGAGAAUUUGCUCUCAGUUCCCACAGUUUC